UGAGUGCAAGUCAGGAGCUGUUCACCACUUCUAGAGUUUUCACUGACCUCUUGAUCGAAGAGAUUUUCGUUUUUGAAGAACAUCUAAGCACAGAAUCGGCCUUUGUCCAGACUUUGCUCAAGCUUACCACCUAAACACAUCAGGAGACGCCUCUGUGAGGAGAACAUCAGACUGCUGAAAUCAGGAAACUCAGAAUAUGGCAGCCACAAAAAGCUCCAGUAGUCAGGAAACUUCCAGCGCUACUCCGUGUGCUAAAUCACCUCGCAAAAGAGUCACGAAAGACAGAGCCAGGGAGAAAAAGUACCAGUGCUCAGACUGUGGGAAGAGUUUUUCUCGACCAGUCGAGCUGCAGAGUCACCAGCGGGUUCACACGGGGGAGAAGCCGUAUCGCUGCUCGGCCUGUGGGAAGAGUUUUAGUAACAGAAGUUCUUUCAAAAGGCACCAGCGCAUUCACACGGGGGUGAAGCCGCACGAGUGCUCACAGUGUGGAAAGAGUUUCACUCAGCUGAGUAACUUCCUAAGACACCAGCGCACUCACACAGGAGUGAAGCCGCACCACUGCUCGGAGUGUGGGAAGAGUUUUACUGCAAAGACUAGCCUCCAAAAACACCAGCACAUUCACACAGGAGAGAGGCCGUAUCGCUGCUCGGAGUGUGGGAAGAGUUUUUAUCGACAGUGCCACCUCCGACUACACCAGAACGUUCACACGGGGUCGAAACUGUAUCAUUGCCCAGAGUGCGGCCAGAGCUUUGGUCGACAGACUUAUCUCUAUCAGCACAAGCGCGUUCACUCCCAAGAAAAGCUGUUCGACUGUUCCGAGUGCGGGAAGAGCUUUCGAGGAAAAAGUUCCCUCCGAAGUCACCAGCGCAUCCACACGGGAGAGAAGCCGUAUCAGUGUGCAGAGUGUGGGAGGAGUUUCAGAGAAAGAGCUUCUCUCAGAGUACACCAGGCUGUCCACACAGGCCUGAAGCCGUAUUGUUGCACAGAAUGCGGGAAGUGUUUCGCUCUACGGAGUGCUCUCCAGCAGCACCAGCUCAUUCACACCGGAGCGAAGCCGUAUUUCUGUUCAGAUUGCGGGAAGUGUUUCAACGUGCUGGGUAAUUUCCGCAGACACCAGCGCACUCACACCAGAGUGAAGCCGUACUACUGUGAGGAGUGUGGAAAGUAUUUUACUGAACGGAGCAGUCUCCAGACACACCAGCGCACUCACACAGGAGAGAGGCCGUAUCGCUGCUCAGACUGCGGGAAGAGUUUUACCGCCAGUGGGUCUCUCCAAAGACACCAGCGCACUCACACAGGAGAGAGGCCGUAUCGCUGCUCAGACUGCGGGAAGAGUUUUACCGCCAGUGGGUCUCUCCAAGCACACCAGCGCACUCACACAGGAGUGAAGCCGUAUCGCUGCUCAGACUGCGGGAGAAGUUUUGCUUCAAAGAAUGGUCUCCAGUUUCACCAGCGCACUCACACAGGAGAGAAACCGUUUCAGUGCUCAGACUGCGGGAAGAGUUUUACCGCCAGAGGGUCUCUCCAAAUACACCAGCGCACUCACACAGGAGUGAAGCCGUAUCACUGCUCAGACUGCGGGAAGAGUUUUACCGCCAGAGGGUAUCUCCAAAUACACCAGCGCACUCACACAGGAGAGAAGCCGCAUCACUGCUCGGAGUGUGGGAGGAGCUUCUGGCAACAGAAAAGGCUGAAGACCCACAAGUGCAAAAAGACUCAGAUUUAAGCCAGAAACAUGAUGAUCCUUGUCAAUUUUUUAUGUGUACUUAAAUUGAUACAGCCUGUAUUUUUGUGAUUUAUAUAACUUCUGGUGCAGAUUAAUGUGAGAGGGUCCUGACUGCCUCUCUCUCUUGCUUAAUUUUUUCCAUAAUGUGAUUUAACUGCUGCGCCAUUUAGUGCUGUAUCUUCAGUUUUAUGAGUGGAGGCUGGAAUGGAAUGAAAUGUCCGUCUGUAGUUUGAUAGGUAAAGCGAGGCAGCGUUCAGGAAUAGGGGAAAAUUCCCGACAAAAAGGACAAAUGCAGGCUGGAAAGUGAGUUAAAGCAGCAAGGAGAAAGUGCAGUGACAAACCGAACAGCCACAUUGCUGCCAGCAACACAACUUUCAUCUAUAAAGGCCUCCCGAAGAUCACAGCCUGCAAGGUGAAAAGAACCGACCUUCUCCUGAUGGCCUCCAGCUCCAACACAUUCUACUGCAUGUUUGUAACUACAGACGUCUUACUGCCCUAAUCCCCCUGCCUCUUUCACCUCUAUUCCCCUCUCAUCCCACCGUCAGUUAGCAGGAUGUUAACAUGCUCUUCUGCUCUUCUCUGGGCCCAGACCUAUUCUCCCCAUCUCCCUAUGCUAAAGCUGUGCUGUGAACAGUAAGUAGGGAUGCACUAGUAUCACGUUUUUGUUCCGAAACCUGUUCCUCAAAUAUCUUUCCUAAUAAAACCAUUUUAGAUGCGGAAAAAAAAUAUAUUUUUGUAAGCUAGUACUCCAGUACUUUAGCACUGACACCAUCA